UGGAAUCGAGGCUCGAAACGCAGACAUGUAUAGAGGACACACAGGAGAUCUCACUGACAGUUGUUUCUGUAGCAUGCUUAGUGUUCUGUGUAAAGAAGCGACGAGCAUUCUAUUAUUCUUAAUGUUCCAUUAGUUAGAGAGUAUCGUUAUCAAGACAUCUGGCAGACGUGGGUGGAAAGGCGGCAUGCUGACAUUAGCCUGUUAAUUUUUUUUUAAAUAUAUUUGGGACAUUUCUUUAUGUACCUGUCUUUGAGUGCAUGAUAUGCCGCAGAGAGAACAGUUAAUCCCAAUAACAUUAUAGUUAGAGCGAUAUAUUUGUAUGAUGUAUGUACCCCAGCUGCUAUAGCAUUGAGAGGAAUAUAUAUAUAUAUAUAUAUAUACCAGUUCUGCUCUUGUGCUAAAAAAUGUUUUCUCUUACUCAAAGGAGAUUGUUUAGUGUGCUUUUCAGAGGGAGUGUUACUAAAACAUUCAAAAAUGAUCACGCUUUCAAGAGUUGCCCACAUCUUAGAAAAAUCAGCACUUCCUGCAAAAGGAAUACAGUCAUGCCAGCCUGGGUGAUUGAUAAAUAUGGCAACAAUGAGGUGUUGCGACUCAACAACAACACAAUGUUUCCGGUUAUCAAUUACCCCAAUGAAGUGAUCAUUAAAGUCCAGGCAUCCAGUAUAAAUCCGAUUGAUGUGAAUAUGCGAAGUAAGUUGUUUUCUUUAUGUACAACAAUGUUGAAUAAGUUGAGUUUAUCUAACCAGUUAUUUACUUCACAAUUCUGUUUUUUUAAGACGUGUGUAAGUUCAGUUGUGCGUUUUAUACCCCACCUCAUAUAGAAUGUAAGCUCGUUUGAGCAGGGUCCUCUUCAACCUAUCAUUCCUGUAAGUUUACUUGUAAUUGUCUUAUUUGUAGUUCAAUCCUCCCCUCCCCCCUCAUAAUAUUGUAAAGCGCUACGGAAUCUGUUGGCGCUAUAUAAAUGGCGAUCAUAAUAACUACUUGGCUUAACAUAACUAGUACGGUUCAAGGUAAGUAUAAUAUUAGAAGAAUUCUUUCUGUUAUUGAUUUAAUGUAAUAAUUCUUUAUUGUCAGAAUGGACCCCAUUUUUAAUGUCCCUUCUGAUACGUUUUGUACUCGUAUAUUAUACCUUCGUCACUGUUUUGUUCUACAAUAUUACUGUUCCGGAUUAAUCACUACACAGAGAAUUGUGGUUCAUUAACAAGGGACUAGCAAGGUUUUAACCCCUUAAGGACCAAACUUCUGGAAUAAAAGGGAAUCAUAACAUGUCACACAUGCCAUGUGUCCUUAAGGGGUUAAGCAAAAUUAGCCAAUGUGCAACAAUAACAAUAGAGUAGCAUUGUGGAUGAGAUGUGCAUGUGCAGCGAGCUUCGUGCUUGUCCAAUCAAAUUCUUCUCAACGAUAAACACUGAAUCCAGUGCUUCCUUACGAUAAGCAUUUGAUGACUAAACUCCGUCGUAUCAGUGAACCACCCACUAGUGGCGGUCAGUUUAGCUCUGCAAUGAAAACAUUGCUGCAUCUAAAAAAAAAAACGGCAAUGUUUUACAUUGCAAGACCAAAAGGAGAAGGGCAAUCCACCCAGACCACUUCAUUGAGUUUAAGUGAUCUGGGGGCCUAUAGGCCUUAAAGACAACUACAGUGUCAGGAAUACAAAUGUGUAUUCCUGACACCAUAGGUCUAAAUGACUGUUUACAUCCAGUUAAAAAAGGUGAUUUACUCACCUUUUUCCAGUGCCUCGCAUGUCCUCGUGCCUAUGUGCAUGUGUGGCAAAACUCAAUGCAUCUCUAUGGGGAAAGUUGCGCGGGAACGUCAAUCAUCUCUAGUGAUUGUCUGAGAAGUGGCCACUGAAGGUGUCCCUAGGCAGUAAACACUGAUUUUUCUCUUAAGGGACAGUGUUUACAUGAAAAUGCCUGCAUGUACUGGCUAUACUCACCAGGACAACUACAUUGAGCUGUAGAUGUUCUGGUGACUAUAGUGUCCCUUUAAGUGGUGUGUUUUGUAUACUAGUUUGACAGCACGUUUACUUACUUCCAAGUGAUGAUAUAGAAAUCCUUGAAAGAUAUCUUUUUGUAAUGGAUUUGCUGUGAGUAGCUUAUGCAAUGGUUAAACUGAUCAUGCUCCUUCUUUUUAUAAUGGUAAUAGUCACAAAAUUAAGAUUUUAACAACUGUACAUUUUUUUUCUAGAUGGAUACGGAUCUGCAAGUUUGAAUAUGACUCGUGAUCCUUUGAAUAUUAAAUCUUCUGGCAAUGAAUUUCCUUUGAUCCUUGGGAGGGAUGUUUCAGGGGUUGUAAUGGAAUGUGGGCUCAGUGUACAGUAUUUUAAACCUGGAGAUCAUGUAAGUGUGCAACAAAGAUAGAGAAAGCAUUUUACGUAACAAACGUAGUGAAUGAAAAAGCUAAUUGCAAACUUUAGGCUAAACAGUCCAUCAAUGACACCAGCGGAAUUGGAUAUAGUUUCUAAAUCAGCUACUGUUGCGUAAAUUUUCCAUUGAAGGUUUUUCAAAUACUACAAGAGACUGCGGUAUCUUACAUAGAGCCUGGAUCCCACGCUGGGAUUGGACAAAAGUUGACGGGGGAGCUCUGCUUUUGUCAACUUUUGCCAGUGUCAGGUUUUACCAUAAGACAAAGUAGCCACGUUCUCUCAUGGUUUCUCUGGGUUUUUUUAAUGCAUACUGAUCAAGACUGCAUUGGAGUUUCAUUGAAAUUCCAGCUCAGUUUAGAUUAAUAUUUCUUUAUGAAAUACUUUAAAAGUGAUAGAUUCGCUUUAACUCACAUUUGUCUUCACUACUGGCUUCUGUAUAUAUACCCAAAUGUUUUUGACCUUGGACAUAAUAUUAAUACUGUAGAAUUUCAGGAUGCCUGUGAGCAGCAAGUUUUUUAAGAAAGUUGUUCACGUUUCACAGGUUAUCUGCAUUGAAGUGCAGCUUUACUAACCAUAUGUACUGAGGUCAUUUGGCAUAGCAUAACAUUGGACAUAUUGAAAUAAAUAUGUAAUGUGCCGUUAUUUAAUGUCAUAAAAUUAUGUUCAGAUAGCUUUUGUAAUUUAACUAUUCGUAUUUUAACUCAACACAACCAUAGCUAAAAUGUGUCUUUGUAAGUGCAUAAAACCAUUAGCUAGUAGUAAACCGUUAAAUAGCAGCUCUACACAAUAGUGUGUGAUACCCUCUUUCCUACACAACAAACACCUUCUGAUGGUAUAAGAUAUACUUAUACCUCUAGUGGAGCACUAAAGUGGAAAAAUUCAAGGGGUAACUAAACCCAUUUGCCUUAGAGCCAGGAACGUAGGCUCAAUAUUUUAUUGAUUUUAUACUGGAGAUACUACACAGUGGUGGCCUCUCUCUUUUCUGUUUAUCUUUUCCGGAGGAAACAUUCCAUUGAAGGAGUGGUGUGAUGCUGUCCUACGAGCAUAACAGCCAUAUAUACGGAGCCAAUAUAUAUGGGCUCCAUCACACGUGAGUGACCUGAUUACCUAUAGGUAUAUUAUAUAUAUAUAAUUACCAUCUGCACUAUAUUAUGUUCCUUUUUUUUUUGUAUGUUAUGUACUUUAUAUACACUCUCCUGUGUAUAUAAAUACAUAUGAGGUGUAAGUUACUCGUAUAAUUUUUGCUCUUUAGUGCUCCAGUACAUCUAUAGUAUAUAAGUUUAUCUUAUACCAUCAGAAGGUGUCCGUUUAAUGUCUAGUUUACCGCCUUUUGUGAUGGAUUUCUUAAAAUAUAGGAAAACCGUGUAAAACAUCAUGUAGAAUUAAGGGUGGUAGACCAAAAGAGAAAGUGGUAUCAGUGAAAUUAUGGUUUGCAAGUUCUGAUACAUGUUUUUUCUUUGUAGGUAUGGGCAGCAAUUCCUCCUUGGAAGCAAGGCACUUUGGCGGAGUUUGUUGUAGCAAGUGGCAAUGAGGUAGAUACACAUAUACGAUACAUAAUGUCAUUAAGGGAUCCGAAGGAUUUCCACCUAUGUAACAAACAGAACUCUUAACUUUACAUAGCUAUACCAUUUAACUUAAUCACUUUGCAACAAAAUAUGUAUUUUCAAUUCAACCAUAUAUUAACGUUAUUUCGAUAGUGUAAUCCUAGAAUCACUCAAAUCUAGUUUAAUUUUAUAACUACCAAAACCUUGAGAGAAGUGAUUGAAUAUAUUCUUUUCUUUUGUCCUUGGACACGCAAACAUGCAAAUGGUCAAUGAAAAAGAUAAGAUGAAACUACUAUCCAUUAAACCAGAAGCCCUGUAUUGGGAGACACUUGGCAGAUUGCGUUGUAAUAUUUGUUUCCUCGUUCUGGUCUCUGUAGGUCUGCAGGUAGUACCCAGUUUGCCUCUGUUUAUGCUUUGGCUAUUCCCAAUCAAUAUUUACACUUUAUCUAUUUGGAUAAUUUCCUUUUUCCUUAUAACUUACGCCCAGGUCUUCUUUUCCUCCUAUCCUGCAGCAUUUAAUUUCUUGUUUUCCUAAAAUUAUAGUAUUUCUUUAUUAACCAUUUAUUGUUCUUUUUUAUAUAUUUUUUUUUUAUCUUGUGACCCCCAAACCUGUCUGUGUCAUCCCUAAUCAACGCUGUAGAAUUCGUAAAAGAAUGAUAACAACUGACCAUAUGAUGUGUCAACUAUCCAGCAACCAUUAUGCAUUCAUGAGAGCAGUGUAUUGCCUAUCCAAAAAUGAUUACAUAUUAAGCAGGAACCAAGCAGAGAUUACACUAAUUCUUGCUUAUUUAUUGCCCACAUUCAGCACCUGUUUAUCUUAUUUCAAUCAGUCCUACCAACCACAAGCAGCACUGAUUAGUCACGUAUCUGACACCCAUCAACUAGACAUGCAUCGCCCACACAUCUCCUAUUUCACAUUCAAAACCUUCACGGAUUUACUUUUUCCCAUGUUACAACUUUCUGUCAGUAUAAUUUCCAGUAUCUUGUUCAUCUACCAAACAUAUAAUGCUCUUUGAGGUAGGCUAACUCCCUGAUUUUUGCAUCCCUCCCUGUUGCAUGUGCCUCAUUCCAGAGCCCUAUUUAACCUUGCCCUGCAGAGGGUCUCAGGAGAAAGUAUUUCCUAAGUGGUUAAUCUCAUAAGAGCAAGCAUUAGGCUGCUAGAGUAGGACCUGCCAAGAAUGGGCUACAUUGGCGGCUGUUGUGGCAGACUUAAAGGACCACUAUAGUGCCAGGAAAACAUACUUGUUUUCCUGGCACUAUAGUGCCCUGAGGGUGCCCCCACCCUCAGGGACCCCUCCCGCCCGGCUCUGGAAAGGGGAAAGGGUUAAAAACUUACCUUUUUCCAGCGCUGGGCGGAGAGCUCUCCUCCUUCUAUCCUCCUCCGUUCCUCCUCCUGGGCUGAAUGCGCACGCACGGCAAGAGCUGCGCGCGCAUUCAGCCCGUCGCAUAGGAAAGCAUUUACAAUGCUUUCCUAUGGACGCUUGCGUGCUCUCACUGUGAAAAUCACAGUGAGAAGCACGCAAGCGCCUCUAGUGGCUGUCAAUGAGACAGCCACUAGAGGAUUAGGGGGAAGGCUUAACCCAUUCAUAAACAUAGCAGUUUCUCUGAAACUGCUAUGUUUAUAAAAAAAUGGGUUAACCCUAGAAGGACCUGGCACCCAGACCACUUCAUUAAGCUGAAGUGGUCUGGGUGCCUAGAGUGGUCCUUUAAGCAAUGUAUGAUCAUAUACUGUAACUAAGCCCUCAUUAUUUAUUGCCUAGGCUAGAGGUAUUUAAAAAAAAAAAAAAAAAGAUUACAUUCUGUGAGCCUUGAAAUUGCUGUUUAGUGAAUGAGCGAGUGUGCUAGAACUUGUAUGUUGUAAGAAUUGGCCCAGCACCCUUAUAAUGUAAGCAUGUUCAAGUGAGUGCAGCCCUCUUGGUUCAUGUAUAUAUAAAAUCUUUGUUUUGGCUGUCUAUUGGCAUCCCACCAUGUUCAAGUGUGUUUUUGUUUUUGUUUUUUUUAAAUAGGAUAUACAAAUAACUUUUCCCAGUGAUCGUGCAUCUCACUUGUUUGCUUUCAGGAAGACUUUAUUAAUAUUUUAAUGUGUUGUCUGUUUAUGUUUUCAGAUUUCACUCAAACCAAAAUGUCUUAGUGACACAGAAGCAGCAUCGCUGCCUUAUGUCAGUCUCACUGCGUGGGCAGCCUUAGUAAAUAGCUGUGGCCUGAAUAAGGACAACUGUCCUGGAAAACGGUAUGUAUAAAACCCAGCUUUAGUGCUACAUGUUUCUUUAUACUAUAUUACAUUCCUCCCAUGCACUCCCUUCCUUGUGUCUUGGAUGUCUAAUAUAUGCUUCAUGUUAACAUCGCAUUAGCUGGUUUUAAUCUGAAUGUUUGAUCCACUAUACAGUUGUAAGUAAGUUAACAACAUAUAUUGCAAAAUAUCUGUCUCACUAUACAGAUCUAAGAUGCAUCUUAAUGUAGUGAUUUUGGGGCAUAAAUACUGCUGCUGCAGGCUGCAGCCUUGCUGUGAAACUACCCUGUUUACAUUUUGCAAUCUGCACUCCUGAUACUCAGAGAGACAGUUAGCCAAUAGGGGCUUUGGACACACGUUCCAAUGUGAAAUAUACUAGAUUUCCAAAGUCAGAAUGCAAAUAUACUGACCACGGACACUGUUGGAGUCAUUCAUUAAAGUGAGAAUAAGGCGGAGCCUGAACGCCGGAGGGAACGGUCGCAAGAGAGACUAGCUCCGUGCCCUAAACGAAGUCACAACUGCAUAAAAUAACCCCCCCUUACACCAGGACCAUCGGAACCCACCCUGAGCACGUAUGGGCCGAAGGGGGAAAAAAAUGGGCCCACACAAGCCCACAUCGGGACUUACGCUAGGGGAAAUGUGGAGUCAGGCCCGGGGCGCCUGCGAGUCAAACAUGGCUGCGCUGCAUGGCGGAUGCUCGGACUUCUCCGAGGAAUUAUCUGACGACAUGGAGGAAGACUACACACCGACUCCCAACCCCAAGCAAAAGGUACCACAACAGGGAGCCGGGACAGACUCUAAACCAGUUACCACGGCAGUCCUCAAAACACUGCUAGCGGACCUGCAGAAACACAUCCACGAGGAUGUCACAGCGCUCCGCACGGACAUACAAGGCCUGACAGGCCGCAUCUCCACUCUGGAGGGAGCCUCACAGGCCCAGGCCCAGGACGUAAUUGCACUGCAGCACUCCAUACAGGAGCUGCAACAACAGAACCAACAACUUGAACGUCGCAUGGCAGCACAGGAAGACUCCAGGCGGCAAAAUAAUAUCAAGAUCAGGGGAGUCCCUGAAGAAAUAGCGGAGGCUGAUCUGCCAAAAGUCAUGGGACGCUUACUGGCAGUGAUUCUGGCAAACAGUCAAACCAUAAUACCUGCCCCAGAGGAGGUCUUUAGGGUCCCUAAACCUACGAAUGCUCCAGCCACAGCCUCAAGAGAUGUGAUAAUCACUCUCCGCAAACGAAAAGAAAAAGCAACAAUUCUUGCAGCCCUACGGGGAAGAACCCCCCUCCGCUUUGAGGCCAUGAACCUGACGUUCUACCCGGACCUCUCUGGAGGCACCCUGGCCUGGCGUAGGUCACUCAAGCCGAUCACCGCCGUGCUCCAGUCCCACAACAUCGAGUAUCGCUGGCGAUCCCCAAGGGCACUAACGGUGAAACAAGGGAUGACUACGCAUAUCAUCCAGGACAUGCACGAAGCACGGGCCUUACUGCAGACUCUGGGCCUGCCACUUGAAUCCCUCACCCAGGCGGAGUUAACCAACGAUACUCUUUCAACCCAUACCAGGACACCGGGCAAGGCCACAUCACUCACUCCCCGAGACUCCACACCGAUUACCUACGCAGCGGUCACAUCCUAGGAGCGACACCACACAUGCUCCGGGGGCACCCGACACAACACCAGACACUGGGAUGGUAAUAAAUACGAAGUAAACGGGACCGUCCACAGUACCCCACAGCUACCCGACCAACAAUCCGACUUACCUUACCAGUAACAUAGCCGGCUAACGCUAACUCCAAGAUACCGAUGACUACAGCUUUGCCCUACUCUCGACCACUACGGACUCUAAAGGGCCCACCACAGAAAAAUAACAUGGGGACUAUAUAUUACUCUGGGACAUCUUUACCCAUACUCUCGAGAGCAUUGUACGCUCUAUGCUUCCUGCCAGCCACUCACAAGAGUCCCAUUCCCGGAGACAUCACCACUCAAUUCUUACUACACUGGUUUCGUUAAUCCUGAUGCAGCGGGUUAAACUUUAACAUACCUGUGAUAUAGUGUAAAUAUGUUUUCGAACUCGUAUUUCUUACUAUGACAUGCUACCUAGCCCCUCCAGCUGCCACAGGUGUUUAGACAUCCGCUAACCAGUGAUACCCUAAAGCAGUCUGUCAUGUUUAACCUGUUUAUAGUUAACCUGUUUAAGCAUAACACGCAAGUCAUACACCUUUUAAAAGGCGUAAAGAUAAAAAGGCUGCCCGAAGUUUCGACUUAUACUUUACUUCUGAACGUAUGUUUCCUUAAAGCCUUUAUUGUUAUUAGAUCCAAAAUUAAUCAGACUUAAGCCUUAUAUACGGGACCCCCCAGAGGCGAUAUAGCUAUGCCGAGCCGAGGCACUGGCUGACAUUGCCAUGUGCCCUCGAGCAAGGUACCUAUGCCCCCCUCAGGAAUUACAGUCAUACCAAGUUCGCCGGCACCAAAGCAGGCAAUGUUUCACAGUUAAUUUUAUGCCUACUCGUAUCUCGGCAGAUUGCAUUUACUCAUCUCUCUAGCUCCCCUCCCUUAUUUAACCGAAGCUAACUUACUGAUUAAUCUUUGUGUUUUAACUAGCCCACAUAUAUAGCGGAACUUCGUACAAACUGCCCAUGGCAAGCUUCCCUCGAUAUGGAUACCUACAGUAUAAGUGUCGUCAAUAGCCUAAAAGUGUCUUAACUAAAACUUGCUAACCUGUUUCAUAGUGACAAUCUAACCUUAAUUUCAUAAUGUUAUUGCACUAGCUCUAAAAACAACUGCCAACCCACUCAACAUAUCCUUUAAACCUGUGGGUACCUAGGAAUGUUAUAUCAAUGCCUAGAAUGAAACAAAAUCUGUUGUUGAACUCAAAACUAUAUUGAUAAUAGUUUGUUUACUCUACCACUACUUAUCUUACUUUAUUUUAAAAAUGUAUGUAAACUUAACAUGCCACACAACUGUUAUAACUAUGACUAGUGAACCUGCUAAUGCUGUUGUGGCGAUACAGGUAAUGUUAUACCUACUUGAAUACCAAAAAUAAAGAAUUUAAAAAAUUUAAGUGAGAAUUCCAAGUGAACGCACAGUGAGUUUCAAAUUUAAUAGUUGAGAUUCAAAAACGAUUUCUAAGUCAGUUAUGGUUUCCAUUCAGGUACUCUGCCCUUAAAUUUAAAGUUCAGGUUGAAUUCUCAUUUAAGUAAAUUACCCUUUGUGUGUCCAAUGCUCUUCUUUGCAAAAAUAAUUGGAUUCAGUGCUUCUCAUAGAGAAGUAUUGGAUUUGUGGAUUGCUGUGCUUACUGUGCAUGCACAUUGUGUUCUCAAUGCUUUCUCUGAGAAGUAUCUGAUUGGACAAUAGUCUGGAUAGAUGACUUCACAGAAGGUGGAAGACUGUCUUGGCAUUGGUGAUGUGAAAUAAAAUUAGAUAUAGGUUUUUUUUUUUUUUUAAAUGGGCAAAUAUUCUAAAGCCAAACAACAACAUAUCUGUUUAAAAGGAAAAAAGUAUACCUUUAAAUCAGCACAGUCACUUUUGCGUUUUUCAUAACCAUAGAAUCUUUGUGGAAAACCCAAAAGUAUGUUGCUUUUUUUUUAAUGGAAAUUUCAGCUUUUUAAAAAAAUAUCAUAAGAGGAAACAGGGACUACUUUAUCUUAUAGGCAAGACUGUUUUUGGCAAUGGAUUGAAUAAAAAGUUAUAAUGUAGCUCCUUCCAGAUGAAAAUUUUAGGAACUAAAGACAUGGACCAAGAGCAAGGUGGCGGUUCUGAUGGGUUAGUGGUUCUAAUAAGUAUAACUUACCCGAACACCUAUUUUGUUUUUAAUAUGAGCCAAAGGGUUAUGGGUUGGAAUUGAGCAUUGUGGUAGCAAACAUUAAAGGGAUUCUCCAGUGCACUGCAGGGCCCUCUAGUGCCCCUCUACCUCCCACCCCCCAUCCCAAGUUGCUGAAGGGGUUAAAACCCCUUCAGUGACUUACUUGAGUCCAGCGCCGAUGAGCCUUGGUGCUGGUCAGGCUACUGACAUCGCGACCUCAUGCGCGGCCGUCUGGCGAAGGAGACCUAAUGCGUACGCGCAUUAGACCUCCCCAUAGGAAAGCAUUAUACAAUGGUCAGGCUCCUGACGUCGGCGGGGGAGACCUAAUUAGGUCUAGUAGACAGACACUAGAGGAGAACUUAUAUGAAAACUGCAAUAAUUACACAUAAUAGUGCAAAAAACAAAAGUGGAAUACCGCGCCAACAAAAUAUAAGGUGACUAUAAAGAAUAAAAAGUAUAUAUAUACAUACAAGAUAGUUCAACAAUAUACUGAUUGGAUGUCAACCUUUUAAAAAGAAAUAAAAUAUGGACAAUAAUAGUGCAGUAAGUCAAAUAAAAUAAUAUAAUCUCAUGUGAGGUAUUUGAAAAACUGAUAGAAGGACUAACUCACACUUUCCAGAGCUACUAGGAGCUCUACUGUAUGGCGCCUGGACGGUAUAAUCCCUGUCUUAGGAUAUGGAAUCAGUGAUGAGGCGUAGCUUCUAAGUCUCCACAAUAGUACAUAAAACAGAGAACAUAGAUAAAAUCCAAUAGUGCAGUAUAUCUGGUGAAUAGUGUAUAGUAGAGAAGGUAAGUAUCUUACUUACAAUUUCCAGAGCAAUAAACUUGCUCUGGUGAUGAAAGCUUGAGGUGGUAUAAUCCCCACCUGAGGAUUUUAGAAGGGUCCAAGGUGCACCAGGAACGGAAGAUGUAUGAGGGAGCAGAGUAAAGAGUAAAACUAUAAAUUUAUUAUAAAAUAGUACAAAAUAUAAAAUAUAUAUGGCAAUAGUAUAAUCAAGAACAAGUCUCUAGCUCCACUUGACGCGUUUCGCCCUGAACAGGGCUUCCUCAGAAGUUUACAGAUCGGCAAAUUCAGUCCUGGUUAUAUAGGGUAUACUGAUUAAUUCAUCCUGUUCCGGUGUGUGCACUUUUCCGGUUUCCGGCGUGUCGCGUGCGUCGACCGGAAAUGAACCAACGUGAGUCGCCGGGGUUGAUGGGUCUUGUAGUAUCUUCAUUCGUAUUGGCACCGGAAGUUGCGGACGUCACCCAGAAGUGACGUAACGCAACUGCCGGUGAUUUCUGGGAAAUGUAGUCAAAAGUAAUUACUUAUAGUGUUCAAUAUUACAAUUGACACAAAAUAUUUAAAUGCAAGAAUUACAUAAAAUUUAUAGCAUAUUGCACAUAAUUUUGUGGCAUAUACACAUGUAUGCAUAUAUAAGAUACACACAUAAUUAAUACAAAACUUCAAUAUAUACCAUGCAGUUCCUACAGUAGAAUAAGAUGGAUAGAAUAAAAGAAGGACAGAUGGACAUUUGUGGUAUUAAUUUAUACAACCCAACAAUGUGUAUUAUUAUGUACAUAGACAUAGGAGAGGAGGAAUUUUAAACAAUAUGAUAUUAAAAGAUAUUUAAUUUUUAUAAGAUAUUCUAAAAUAAUGUAUUAUAAUAGGACUCAAUAAUAAUAACUGAAUAACAAAAAAUUAACAAAAAAUUAAUUAAUAAAAAAUAUAUAAUUAUAUAAAAUAUAUGGUUUAUAAAAAAUUCAAAAGAUCAAAUUCGACAUUUAAGCCGUUUGGAUACAGGGUAUCUAAAAAAUAUACCCACUCCAUUUCUUUUUUUUCCCAAUUUUUUAAUAAUAUCACCCCCUCUCCAAUGUUGGGAUAAUCUCGUGAUGCCCACAAAUUUCAACAAACGUGGAUCUUUAUUGUGCUGUUCAAAGUGGGAAGAUACAAGGUGAUUUUUAAACCCUUUCUCAAUGUUUCUACAGUGUUCCCCAAUUCUAAUUUUUAGGGGUCUGAUGGUUCUUCCUAUAUACUGUAGUCCGCAUGGGCAUUCCAACAAGUAAAUUACAUUUUUGCUCAUACAUGUAAUCGUCUCUUUAAUUUCAUAUUCUUUGUUGGUAUUAUAUGAUUUAAAUUUUGACGUAUGCUUAUUAGUCUUCUGGGUUUUUCUACAGGCUACACGGCAAUUACAUCUAAAAAAUCCUUUUUUAUUAUUUAGAAAAUUAUCUACAGCUUUCGAGUUUUUUUGUUUUGUAUAAUUUUUGGUGAAUUGCAUCUUUAAAUUCGGGGCACCUCUAAACACUAUUUUUGGGCGAUCCAGGAUGAUUUUCCCUAAAAUUGUGUCUUCUUCUUUUAAUAAAUGCCAAUUAUUUCUGAUUAUUUUCUGCAAUUGCUUAUUCUUGUUGUUGUAAUCCAGAACUAGAGGUAAGGUCUGUUUUAUGUACUAUUGUGGAGACUUAGAAGCUACGCCUCAUCACUGAUUCCAUAUCCUAAGACGGGGAUUAUACCGUCCACGCGCCAUACAGUAGAGCUCCUAGUAGCUCUGGAAAGUGUGAGUUAGUCCUUCUACCAAUUUUACGAAUACCUCACAUGAGAUUAUAUUAUUUUAUUUGACUUACUGCACUAUUAUUGUCCAUAUUUUAUUUCUUUUUAAAAGGUUGACAUCCAAUCAGUAUAUUGUUGAACUAUCUUGUAUGUAUAUAUAUAUACUUUUUAUUCUUUAUAGUCACCUUAUAUUUUGUUGGCGCGGUAUUCCACUUUUGUUUUUUGCACUUUUCUGAUUAUUAGCAGGUAUUGGGAAGCCCUGCUGGUUUGCUGCUGCCGCAUUUGUAGUCACUAUAGAGAGCACCUAUACUUGUUUCUUUUCAAUAAUUACACAUGCAGGGUUAAGGGAAGUGGAAGUUGGCACCCAGACCACUCCAAUGGGCAGAAGUGGUCUGGGUGCCUGGAGUGUCCCUAAAAGUAGAAUCUCAAAUAGGGGUCGACCAAUAUAGAUUUUUUUUUUUUUUAGCGCCGAUAUCGAUAAUCUAUGAACUUUCAGGCCGAUAGCCGAUAACUUACCGAUACCGAUAUUCUGUACAUUUACCAUUUAAAAAAAAACAAAACACUAUUUCUACACAAAUCUACUGUUAACUGAACGUGUUUAUUAUUUAUUUAUUUAUUGGGGGAGCAAUGGAUCAGUUUAGCACUGGGGCCCCAUGGAUUGUGUGUAACCCAUUGCUUCUAUCAGAGUAUUAUGUUUCUUGCCCUGCUAAUUGUACAGGUAGUUUAUUUUAUCAUCAGUGCCAAAGAAAUUAAGUAAGGGGAAAUAAGCCACAGUUGUGUUUGGCUUAGCCCCAUAUGAUGUUCAAUCCUGAAACAGGGUUGCUCUGAGUACCUUUGAAAACAUCAGGCACUAAAGUGGAAUAAAGAAAUUGGACGACAAGCAGCAACCAAAAGACCUUGUCACGAGUACCUGCAAAUGUUAAAUGAAAGAAAGAUCUGUAAUAAUGAAGUUACAGGAAAGAUCUGUUAACUGGCUCGUGAAGGAGGAGCUCUAGGUAACUUUUAAAGGACAACUAUCAUGUUCUUUCUUUUUGUAUUUUAAAAUGUUUAUUACAUUAAAUGAGACAUAAUGAUAUUUUUAAAAUGAUGUAUUUAGAUUUUUUGGAGAAUAUUUCAAUUUUUUUACCUUUCUGAAUCGCCAUGUUGGGUCAGAUAAGCUGCUGCUAUGAUUGCUCUGUGUGAGACUGCAGCAGCAGGCAAGUUGGGAUGAGCAGUAGUUGGUCUGAUAACCGAGUCUAAAACAACAUGACUGCUCAGCCUGAUACAAAAGUGAAAGCAAUAUACACAUUUUGAAAACAAUGUAUGAGUGUUUCAUUGAAUGUAAUACACUUUAAAAAGAAAAAGAAAUUAUGCAAAAAAACGGCAAGGACUGACUAUACUCACCAGAACUACAUUAAGCUAAAUUAGGAGAGUUUGGAUCUCAUUCUUCAAAUAACCUUCAAUAUGCCAAUGUUAACAGAAAGAAUUACAUUUCUGAAUCUUAAAGGGACACUAUAGUCGCCAGAACAACUACAGCUAAUUGAAUUUGUUCUGGCAAGUAGAAUCAUUACCUUCAGGCUUUUUUCUGUAAACACUGUCUUUUCAGAGAAAAUUCAGUGUUUACAUUACAGCCUAGUGAUAACUUCACUGGACACUCCUCAGAUGGCUGUUAGAGAUCUUUCCUGGGACAUGGCUGCCUAAAAUGCAUCCAAACAUUCAGUGUCUCCUCCCUCUGCAUGCAGACACUGAACUUUCCUCGUAGAGAUUAAUUGAUUCAAUUCAUCUGUAUGAUGAGAUGCUGAUUGGCCAGGGCUGUGGUUGAAUCAUCCUGGCUCUGCCCCUGAUCUGCCUCCUUGUCAGUCUCAGCCAAUCCUGUGGAGAAGCACUGUGAUUGGAUCAGGCUACCACUUCUGAUGAUGUCAGCAGUCUGCUUGUUUUUUCUGAGGCAGACAGGGCAGAGCCAGCAGCUUCAGGCUUGAAUACAGUAAGAUUUUGCUAUAUUUAUGGAGGCAUGAGGGGCCCAGGGGGGCUACAUGGUGGUUUUAACACUAUUGGGUCAGGAAUACAUGUUUGUGUUCACUGACCCUAUAGUGAUCCUUUAAUUUUUCCUUUUUUGUGCAUGAACAAACCAGUCCAUCACCAGAACUGUCAUUUAACCUAAUAUCUACAGAGUAUCAUUUCAAAUAGUAUUAACUGGGUACUGGCAGAAGAACCAAUGCUAAAAUAAUUCUUCAAAGCAGCUAGUAAUAUGCUUCCAUGUAAACCCGUAUGAGUGUCAGCUUCUUUUACUAGAGCAUCAGUUCUUUUAAAUUUGGAAAGGGGCUGCGUUAGUAACUUUAUAUACAUCCGUAAAUGUUUCAAAUACGUCCUUAGCACAUGUCCUAUUAGGGCAGUACAUGGACUUCCUUACUCUUGAUACAUUAUAAACAUAUUGGUCUGGCUUCAUCUGUGUUCUGUCAGAAGACUAUAGGAUUGAUAUCUCACUUGUGUUGCAUUUAAUGGACUGUAUACAAAAGGAAUUCUAAGUACCAAGCUAAUUGGUUUGGUGCAAAUUUAGGUUGCAUUAACGACCUGGGCAGAAAUAUUAAGCUAAAUCCCUGCCUUACUGUCUUUCAAUUAGUUUCCUUAAUUAAGAAUUGCUCUGUACUUUGCAAUUCCCUGGUUCCCAUGACUGUAGUAUCAUAUGAUUUUUACAUCAUGUUAGCAACCUAUUCAUAAAAUGUAUAUCCUAAAAAUUCUAUUUUUGAUUGUGUAUUGAGGUGCACACACAUCUGGCUGCUUACACAAGCCACACUGGAAAAAUCUAGAAUGCCGGAAGAACAAGAAUAUAAACAUCUUCGCUAGCAUAGCAACGCAUGGAUACAUUUGUAUUAUGUUUUAAAGAUCAUUUUAUCAUAAAUCUAUUUUAAAUAACAGACUGGAAAACAAAAGAUGCUGACUAAUAGUAAUAGAUUGUGUCAGUACCAUUAGCUCUGUUAAGAUGCUCUGUUCUGUUGUGUACACAUUCUCAUUAAAUGUUUAUAUAUAUUUUUUUUAAUAUAGAGUACUGGUUAUUGGCGCCUCAGGUGGUGUUGGAACAGCUGCCAUCCAGGUACACAUUUUAUGUUCUACUUAUGCGUUCGUUAUAUAGCACAGUUAAUAUGAUAUAGCUUUGUUGAAUUGUAACUACAUCUAUCACUGCAACUAUAAGCCCACCCCUCUGCUCAACUACAUCACUGGCAAAACGCCUCCCUGCUGGCAAAUGCCCAGAAGCCAUUGUUUUCCGCUCCACCGCUUGCAGUCGGUUUCAAACCGUUGUAUGUGGGAGCCUGAUGAUUGGGGGACAAAAAUAAAAUAAAUGGAGGUAUUGGGAAGGUAAUAAAACCACACCACUAUUUAUGUGUCCAUGUGCAUCAUUAUAAUCCGUUCUGUACUAAACUACAUAAACCUUUUAAUCCCCUGCUCUUUUAGCAUUUAUCAGAUAUAUGCUUAACACAAUGGAAUUUCUUAGAUUUCAACCGUAGCAUAAUCCAGGGAGGGUGCAUUGUAAAGGUUGUGAAUUCUGAAGCUUUAUGACAAAUGAGGGAACUUUGAAGGCAGUUUAUCUUUUUAUUUAUUAAUUUUGUAUUUUCGUUUUGUUUAUUCGACUGUACUUGAAUGCAAAAACACUCUAGUUCCAGUUCUCAAUGUUGUGUUCAUGUUAAAAUGUUAGCUAAUGUUGAUUUUGUUUUAUUUUUCUCACAAAACAUCAAACGUUUCAGCUGCUAAAAGCAUGGGGUGCACAUGUGACAGCAGUUUGCUCUGAAGAUGCCCUCUCCCUAAUGAUGAAUCUUGGAGCAGAUGACGUUGUUGAUUACAAAGCAGGAAACUUGAAAGAGCAGCUAAAAUCACGGCAACUGUAAGUGUGACUAGUGUGUGUGUGCUCCCAAAUUGGUGCAGCAUUUAACCUGCCCCUUAGAGUUGCCAGUCAGCCCAACAAACCAUAUUUCAGGAUUGCGUGCGUUAUUUUUGUCCUAGUUGUGCUCACAGCCCAUGAACAUCAAACUAAGUUCUCCCUCCUCUCAGUAGCUGCACACACCCUAGUUCAAUACACAAUAUGUCUGCUGUCAGAUUUUAGAGUUUGUUUUCCUGGCAUCUAUAGUGGUCCUUUAACGUACAGCAUGGCCAAAACAGUCCGGUCCUUAAGGGGUUAAAUGUCCCCAACCGUAUUAUAUAUUUGUAUCAUGUUACAUUUUUGCUUAUAAUAAUUUUCACACAUCCAGGGCAGCUAAAUAAAAAGAACUCAAAACAGAUUCACAUAUCCGUCCUGAUCGUUAAAUGCCUAAUAUGUCUAGUAUCUAAAUUAAUUUUUUUGUUGUAAACGCUAAUCCUGUACUAUUCAUCCCCCAAAGCAAUACCAAUCAUACCCUAACCCUACGAUUGUUAAUGCUAACCGUACAUCUACCCUAACGUUAACCCUACACUAUCCUUAGCCUUAAAACUGCAAUUACCUUAACACUAACUGUACAAUUAACCCUAACCCUAUGGAAACCCUUUGCUAAUAUUAGUACUGAUAUUAGCAUAUGGAUUUCCUAGUAAAAAUAGUAAUGUUAUGUUGCCGCCAUCUACUGGCUGUUUUCAUUAUGGCAGGUUAAUUUCCCCGUAAUAUGGAAAUCAAACAUUCUGUCCCAGCCAAUUACACUGUAAAGGGUUCUGGGCAGCUGGCAAAGCCCAGCACCAAUCACAGUCAGCAUGGAAGACUAUGUCAGGAUCUCACUUAACCCCUUAACGAACCACUUCAAAAAUAAACGGGAAUCAUGACUGAAUAUUUCCGUUGUGUGUCCUUAAGAGGUUAAGUAGCUGCCAGUUGAGAAUCACCGUGGCUGAGCACAAUCUGUUAAGUCAUGGUGUUCUUAAAGUAUUGACAGGGCUGUAUGCAAUGCUCACUUCCAUUUGUAUACCUGCAUAGAAUUACAUGUACUUGGCUUAGGAGAGGAGCAGCAUGCAAAAUCAAAACAAUGUAUCCACAGUAACGUAUUCAGUACUGAAAGGCAAUGAAUAUAAUUUGAAUUUGUUAGGAUUUUCCAUCUCAUCAACAAAUGCAUUGGAUUUUGAUAAAAACAAAACAGAGGCACCCACCCAGCAAUAUAAUGGAUUUACUGAGGAUUGUGUAUUUAUUUCCAGAUUAUGUAUGGGAGUUUAUACCUAGGUGAAUUUAAAAGAUAACCUGGUUAAACAAAUGAAACCCAACUCUUCAUUUACCCUGGAUUUUAUCUAGUUACCGAAAUUCAUAGAAGUUUAUACUUGGUAUAAUAGACUUGUGCACAAAUGUUUUUCAGCUAUGAUGACUGCAUCAAAUACCAUUAAUCUGCGCUCGAACAAAUUGUUCUGCUGGGAUUUACAUGUGAUGUCUUAUUCACUUUGAAUUCUCACUUUAGUAAAAAAAGGAGUAUUCAAGGUGAUUUCAAAGUGAAUUUCACAUUUAUAGGAACACAAACAUUUAUUCCUGACCUUUUAGUGUUAAAAUCACUAUCCGGUCCCCGCCUCCUAAAUAUAGUACAAUCUUACCUUUAUUCCUGUCUGCUGGAAUUGACUGUGCCCCUGAUCUACCUUCUUGGCUGACAUCAUCAGAAGCAAUGAUCUUAGCCAAUCAUAAUGCUUUCCCAUAGGAGAUUGUCAAGAAGUUGGGACAGGGGGCAGAGCCAAACCCCACUCUGGCCAAUCAGCAUCUCCUCAUAGAGAUGCAUUGAUUCAACGCAUCUCUAUAAAAAAAAAAAAAAAAGUUCAAUGUAUCCAUGCAGAGGCUGGAGACAUUGAAUGUCAGUGCUGCACAUUGUGCCGCACUAUCCCAGGAAGCAGCUCUAGCAGCCAUCUGAAAAGUGGCCAGUGGAGGUAACCCUAGUCUGUAAUGUAAACACUGCCUUUUCUCUGGAAAAAAAAAUCCUGAAGGGACUGAUUGUACUCACCAGAACAAAUACAUUUAGCUGUAGUUGUUCUGGUAACUAUAGUGUCCCUUUAAGAUCAAAAUAGUCGUAUUGGAAAAAAUAUUUGUCAGCUAUGCUUUCUGUUUGACUACUCUAGCCUUAGAUUUUAAAUUCACUUUGAUAUUAGUAAAUAACCCUGACAAUUUUGUUUUUCCUUUUUCUAAUGAAACACUUUUUAACCCCUCUAAACCAACUGAAUCCAGGGAUUUUCUUAACUACAUAGUGAUCUUUCUUAGUGGUAACUUCUAACCACCUACUUUGUUGUGCCUAUCCCUAUUAUAAACAUAGCUGUAUAAGCAAAAACUGCUACAUUGGUGAAUAAUGCACAUGGGUUGAUAUCACACUGGGGCAUAGCCAGUUAUAAUAUUAUUUACAAAGACAGAAUUGUUCAUGUUUAUUAUGUGUUGAUGUGGCUGAUAUGCAUUAAUUUCCCUUUUAGGUUUGAUGUUAUUUUGGACAACAUUGGUGGACCAACUGAAAAACUUGCUCUUCAGUUCCUUAAGCCAUGGUCCGGAGCCAGUUUUGUCACACUUGUAACUCCAUUUUUGUACAACAACGAUAGGCUGGGUAUAGCAGAUGGAAUGAUGCGUACUGGGAUCACUCUAGGUUCAAAAGUGAUGAAGGUAAGCUUCGAUGCUAAGAAUCUUGCAUCACAAAAUGGAAUGUCUAAUAGACAAAUGGAACCUCUGGAUCACUUCCUCUAAGAUAAAUCUAUUACUUGCUUUAAGGGUUAUUCACACGUUUAUUUACUGAAGUGAUAUUCAAAGAGAAUUUCAAAUGUAAGGCCAGAGAAGCUGAAGUGAUAGCAUAGCUACCUUUUUCCAGAAUUUUUCCAGUUUGGCUAUAUUGUCCUUAAAUUUGAAAUUUACUUUAAAUUCUUACUUGAUUAAAUAAACCUAUAAACCUCAAAUUGUCGUCAAUUAAAAUUUAAAUUUAGGCAAAACAAAAUUCCACCUUUGCAGUAGUCAGAGAUUGAGUAUUUGAGCUCAAUGAAGUGGUCUGGGUGCCAGGUCCAUCUAGGGUUAACCCUGCAGCUGUAAACAUAGCAGUUUCAGAGAAACUCCUAUAUUUACAUUAGGGUAAAUCCAGUCUCUAGUGGCUGUCUCACUGACAGCCGCUAGAGGUGCUUCCGCGGUUCUCACUGUGAAAAUCACAGGGAGAAGACGAUGGACGUCCAUAGGAAAGCAUUGAGAAAUGCUUUCCUAUGGACUGUUUGAAGGCGCGCGUGGCUCUUGCCGCGCAUGCGCAUUCAGCGCUGAUGUCGGCCGAGGGAGGACAGUUCUCCAGCGCAGAGGGAGCCUGGUGCUGGAGAAAAGUGUUUAACCGCUUCAGUGCCCUUCAGCCCAGCGGGAGUGGAACCCUGAGGGUGGGUGGGACCUAAAGACCCUAUGGUGUCAGGAAAAACAAGUUUGUUUUCCUGGCACUAUAGUGGUCCUUUAAUGUCAGCUUGCUAUUUUGGCCUGAGCAUACAGAAUAUUUUUUUGUGACGGCUCACUGAAUCUAGAAACCUAUAAUACUUUUCUGCUUCUUCAUUUGUAGACCAGUAACAAUACAGAGUAUCCUCAAAAUUGUAUCCUUUGUGUUCCAUUCUCCUAUAUUAUGACAGAGUGGUAAAAACUGCCCAUGAAUAGUGUGUUGCUCAAUGUAACUAAAUUAAUGCUAGAAGAAUUGGAAACCUUUAAAGACUAAGAUAAUAAUCUCUAUGAUAAUUUCAGUAAAAUAUGCCUCUAGGUUUUUAUCUUUAGGACACGGUACAGUCAGCCCAAUAUAGAAACUUUCAGGUGCACUAUGCUUGAUCCUGGGGUAAAUAUUCAGGCAAAUUUGAACUUUGAGGCAAGUCACAAAUUAAACACAAACACUCUGGGGCUCUCUUAUAUCUUGCUUGGUGUACUAGCUCAGCCCAAAUACCUCGACAUAAAAUCACAGUGGUUCCCAAAAGUAUUUGGCGAUUUCCCAGUUGUGUUUAAGGUGGUUUUAGAAAAAAAGUUUAAAAAAAUAAAUAAAAAUCUUGGACACAACUAGGUAAUCCCUAAAUCAUGGACUGGUAGGGGUGCAUCAAUGACUAGUUUGGGAACCACUGCAAUAACACAUAAAGACCUUGGAAGUCACAUUAUCCCUGGAAUUCUGCGUAUUGUAGUUGAGUUCUCUUGUUACCAUAGUUGCCAAACAUGACAAAGCCGGCUUCAGCAUUCAAAGAGAGUAAUGUUGUCACUGGAUUUAAAUCUCAAGUCUAAACUCUGUCACUCUAGUUCAAUGUGGACAAUCUUCCACCUGACAUCUCCCUGGUGAAUUGAAACCGGAAAUACAAAUAAUUGAGAGCAUUAUAAUACAGUAUAAUGAAAAAUACAUCAUGCAUAUAUGUGUCAAUAUUGAUAUAUUCUCAAAGUAUUAACAUAACCUUUUUCUCAGAAACCUCAAAGUGUCAAUUGUCAAAAUGUGUAUGUGUAUAUGUAUUUUUGUUACCUCCCCACUCCAGCUGGUAAGACAGGAAAUUAAGAAAGACUUGGUGUACUUCUAAAUCUUCAGUUUUUUUGUCUUUAACUCUACGACAGGUGCUGUUUCUUUUAUUGACACAGAUCCAUUUUCUUUUUAGCUCAGCUGGUCACACUUUAUUGUAGACCUCCCAGACAUACCCCUCUAGUAUUUUGGGGCUCUCCUUAAGUCCCCAGGAUCCUUGGUUUGAGGCAGUGAUGCUGCUCAGAAAUAAAAAUGUUUUUUAAAAAUCACUAUGUAGUAGAUAUACCACCAAUAAAAACAUGCAUGCGUUUCAUUAUGCAUUAUUUUUUUUCGUUGGGGUAUAACAGCCUGCAAAAUGUGUCUGCAGCCUUUGGAAGUCAUCUUUCUUCCCCAGCUCAGACUUUCUGUGGCUGUCCAAUCACAGACUUACCAAUGCAGCUACUAAAAUCUGUACUUUUUGUAAAAUGAAAAAAAGAGGACACGAUGUUCACACAUAAAGCUCUUCAGCAAGCCAAAUUGCUUUACGUGUGUGGUGAUAUCCUAUAAAAGGAGAUUCUACGCACCAUAACCGCUUCAUCUGACAACACUUCAAUGAAGUGAAAUCUAUAUUGACAGAUUUGUGGUUGGUGGUAGUCUCUCUCCCCUCUUUAAUUUCACGGAUUUGUAGUAAGGAUGUCUGCACAUUCACGGUUAGCCAUGCUGUUGGGGCAGCCCAUUUGUGUUGAUUGGUUGUUCUUCAAAACCCUGUGGGCAGUACUAUGUUUGUGAAUAAAAGAGGCUGUAUGUGCCAUUACAAUCAGUUCUUCUUUACCCUUCAAAAUGUAGCAUUGUCUCGUUAUUGGAGGGAACUGCUAUAAUCACACUGGGGAUUGCUAUGCUCUGCAUACUCCCUUGAGCUUUAAUCACUUAGCUCUUUUAAGAGCUUGUUUCUGAUACGCUCUCCUGGAGGAGAGGUCUUCCCCACAUGGUCCUGGAGGACAGAAGCUGAUCCAGGGUGGACAGAAGACCGUGAGACUUCAGUUAAGCUAUGGCGGUUGUGGAGUCUGCGGUGGUUGUGGUGGUCCGGUGCUUGUGAUCCUCGGCGCAGGCUAGGAAGCGUCCAUCAACAGAAGGUACUCAGUCGGAGUACGGGGAGUUCUGUUACACCUUAUUAAGACAAGAAAAAAUAAAUCACAUCUAAUACAUUCUUUAAGGUGUCUGAAGCGUUUGAUAAUUGUCAAGGGAUAUUGGAGUCUUCCAUUUUCCUCCCUUCACUGCUGCAGGUCUUUGGGUUUCUUCAUGCAGGCCCAACGCUCACUUCUUGUUUGUCACCAAGGUUGGACCACCCCUCCCCUUCAGUAGUCUUGAGGUAAAAUAUGCUUGAAAGUCUAGUAUCCUGCUGCCCCUUCUACACCUGCAGAGAUCUGGGGUAGAAGAGCCCAACAUCUGGGAAUCAGCCCACAAAGCCCCCACCCCCUCGCAAUUCUGCUGUCUCUUACACAAAACUAUUUGUUGCUUGUGACUCUGGCCUUAGCCCGACAAGUGUCAGAUGUUCAAGUUUUGUCUACUGAGAAAUUAUUCACAGCCUUUUUUUUAAUGAUUAAAUCGUGAUAUGUCCCAUGGUCCCAUGUCACAGUUCCUACUUAAGGUAGUGUCUAACAUUCCACCUGAAUUUGAUAAUCAUCCUCCCUGCCUUUUUUUCCCCCCAAGUUCCCACCCUUUGGUUUUUAUUGACUUACUAAUAGACUGAAGAUCUAGGGAAGGCGAUUUCUUCAUUAUACUAAUUCUUUCUUAAUCCCCUUAAUGACGCAUGGUGGAAUUAUUCCAUCAUGCUGUAUUAUACAAGCAGGGACUGUUUUGCUACUAGUAACAAGGAAAUCCCAGCUAUUAUUAGACAAUGUCAGCUGGACUAGAAUUGGAGGCUCCACAUUGAUAGAUGGGUUCAAUGUGAACACUGCACUCUGCUCUUUUAAUAUGGGGUUUGAAAUUUCCCAAUGGUACAGCUUAGUGUGACGAGAUACCCUUGUCAUGCUGCAAAGAGCAGGUAGAUGGUGGCAACAGAACACUCUGUUUUUAGGUUAGAAUUCCCUUUGCUAAUAUCAGUACUGAUAUUAAAAGAUGGAAAUCCUUGGGAAUGGGUUUGUGUGUAUGAUUAGGAUUUGGAUUGGUUCCAGCAAGUGAAUCCCUCUGCUGAAAUAAGCAGAGUGAAUACUUCUAACUCUAGGGUUUAGGAUUAGGAUUGAAACUUUCCAAAGGUAUACAGAUUGGUUAUUGUUGUACUCAGGAGUUGUUGCUGAGUAUAGAUAAAAUAAUUUCAUGACUAUGGGGCACAUGAGAUUUAAAAAAAUAGGCAGCAAAAAUACAUUGUGUAUCUAAAAAUUAAGACUGCAAACUUUGAAAACAAAAAUGGAACCCCAGUAAGGCUAAAAAUAUAUAAUGUGAGAUUCCCUGUGGUGUCUACAUUUGCAAAUGGUAAACAUUUAUAGAGUCAUUUUAAUGUGAGCUUAAAAUGCACAAGAGACCCAUCUUCAAUUUGUUGUUUAAAAAAAAAAUGAUAAUAAAAUAAACUGCACUAGGCACAGAGAUAUAACUGAGCACAAUUUGUUGAGUUUUUUAUUUUUAUUACAUUGGCACACAUCAAGUGUACAAAAUAAACAGGUACAUUUUAACCGAAAAACUGAAAAUAAAAUACCAUGAACUUUGAAAAAUUGGUGCUAAAAUGGCUGUGUAAUAAAGCUAUAUUAAGGAAAUAUACUAUGGCCUGUGGUGUCUACUUUACAUAUUAUUCUAAAAUCAUUCCACAUUGAAAUCUUAUUUUACUUCUUGUAUUUUGCGACCUGUAACUACAUGUAACUAUGAAUUCAUUAUCCUAUCUUUUUUUUUUUUCACAUGAGUUUAUUUGGCUCUCAUUUUCUUUUUAAGCAUUUAAGCAAAGGAAUUCAUUACCGAUGGGCGUUCUUUACAGCCAGUGGGCCAUCCCUGGAUGAAAUAAAGGAUCUGGUGGAAGCUGGAAAGGUAUGCACGUACAUGUAAAGGGACUGUAUAAUUAAACCAAUGACACAUUUUAAUGCAUUAUACAGAUAAUGUACUAAAGAAAAUUGCAACAAAAUCAAAUUAAAGAGAAUCUCAUUAUUUUUUUAUGGGGACUGAUCUUAUUCCCUAAACCGCUGUGCAGCAGAAGUGUUAAGGAACACGAUGGUCAUUUUAAUGUACACAGUGCCUUUUCAGAGAGAAUGCAGUGUUUACAUUGCUGCCUAGUAACACCUCUAGUGGUCAUCACUCAGUCGGCCACUAGAGGUGCUACCUGGGUCAGUGCUUCACAAUGUGCAACACUGAUGUUCAGCUUCUUCAGACUCUGCAUGGAGGCUCUGAACAUUCCCCAUUGAAUCAAUGCAUCUCUAAGAGUAAAUGGUGGUUGGCGCAGUGUUGCGUUUUCCUGCGCAUGCGCAAAAGAUUCCCAAUGCUUUCCUAUGGGAAAGCGUUGGAUUGGCUUAGACCAACAAGUUUAAUUAUCCACGGGUGGAGCGAGCCGCAGUGGAUCCACGCAGCACAAGGAAUUAAGGUGAGUAAAAUCACCUUUUACAUUGAUUACAGUGGGGGUGGAAACCUAAAUAGUGUCAUUUCAGCUAUAGUGACAGCAAUACAUGUUUGUAUUCCUGUCACAAUAGUGUUUCCCCCAACAAGCAUUUCCACUUAUCUCAUAGGAGGAUUGGAACUGCUCAAUAAACUAACAACCAUUCCACAGCUGCUACUUUGUUUAUGCACAGACGUGUUCCAGACUGUCUGAUUGACAGCUUUGCUGGUUUCUUAUAGUAAUGCCAUCUUUUCCAAAGAACACAAAAAUGAGAGUGAGCUCAAGGUCCUCUAAGCACCAUGUGCUUAAAAAUAAAUAAACUCCACUAUGCAAUUUGCUUGAACCUUUCAUCAUACUAAUUUGAUAAGUUACAGGUACCCUGAAAGUUACAUAUCUACAAAUGUUACGUGCACUAGAGAUAUACACAGAGCGAGCGAUAGAUAUCAUUAUUUUAUCUGUUUUCCAUAUAAAUCUUUGGGUUUUUUAUGUUCUUAUUUUCAUCAGUUCUUAUAAAUGUUGCCAAAGAUAUUUUAUCCUCACACUUUUGCCUAGAGUUUUAUUUCUUCUGCAUGCUCUGUAUCAAAACAGAAGCAAACACAUACUUCUGUUUUAUUACGGCCAGCUUUGUGGGUGUUUAUAUCACUGUUAGUAUCGCUGUACAAACAUCACUUUCCAUCAGAUAAUUCCAUGGUUUGAUUCAUGCGGCAGACAGCUAGGAUGCAAGGGCAAGUUAACUCUAUACGGGGGUUGAUGUUUCACGUAAACAGAUGUAUAUUAGUCCUUCUAAUCCCUGCUAUCUCUGUAGAAUUUAGUGUUAAUCCUUUUUCCCCGAACAAAACAAAAGUAUCCCAUGCUAGGAGACUGACGUGAGUCUGUAAAUAGACUGUGUUUUCAUUAUUCGUUUAAUCUCCUUUAAUCAUUACAUAUUCAGCAUGCAGCAGUCCUCUGUCGAUUUUGUUGCCUUAAUACAGGAAGGAUUUUCAUCUGAUUCAGUCAAUUUUAGCAGCGGCUGAAUGUUAUGUUGUCCUGCUCUCUGGUCAGCCUUUUUAGGAUUAGCCCAACAAUGAAUGCAAUCAAUAGAAAAGGCACAGUUCUGUAAUGCUGAAUAUAGCCGAGAUAAACAAUUUGGGGUUCAUGUCUCUGGGCAUAACUAAUGACUGGACUGGACUGCUUCUGCAAUGCAGAAAAUGGUCUGUUAUUGCAGAAACCUGACCUUAUUCCAUUUACAGCAUACUAUCAGGGUUAUCCACUAAAAUGAGAAUGUAAAGUGAAUUUCAAACUUAAGACCAGAGUGGCCACACUGAAUGAAGAGCUGACUUAGAGAAUUUUUUCAGUUUGGCUAUUUUGACCUUAAAUUUGAUCACUUUAAUGAAUAACACAGAUUAUGUGCUUUAUAUAUAUAUCGUAAUAAUAAAUGGUGGUUCGCAUACUGGCCUGCUACAUAUCAGAGUUUGGGUGAUGAGUGCUGCUGCUAUGGGAGAUAUCACUGUUCUCUAGUCUUUCUAGAUUACAAAUGCUUUUCAAAAAUAUGGUCCUGCAGCUAUUUUGUGUCCAAGCUCUCAUAAACCUCUAUUAACUGCAUCUUGUUUUGCACUGGUAACAGUUUAAAGGUGGUGUAUUUAUAUCUUCGGUGAACUUUAUUUUUCACUAUUGUAUUUAUUGAACAUUGUGAAGGGAUCCUGGAAUGAAUUGUGUUCCAUAAGACCCAAUACAGUCACUGCUAUUAUUUUGUUUAUUAUUAUUAUUAUUUGUAGACACACUCUAGAACCGGGGUACUCAUGAUAAACCCUUGCAAACAAUUUUCUGUGUUUUUGCCUGUCAUGUUUAUGGGAAUUGUAGUUUCUUUAGCAGCGGCUGGUUCAUAUAUAAUUCUAUGUACAUUAACACACAUUACACAUGUUAUGAACAUUCACGGCAAUAAAUCUCUCCUCCUCUCCCUGGUCCUUCGUUUCUCUCUCCUCCUUUACAGAUCCGUCCCGUCAUUAAUAAAGUGUUCUCAUUUUCUGAUGUCCCCAAGGCUUUCCAGAAGAUGGAAGAAGGUCAUGCACGUGGGAAAACAGUCAUUCAAGUUUCUGAAUCUAGUUAAUAAAUGAUCAUUUUUGUACCAUUGGAGAAUUAUGACAUUUGUUUGGGGAAUUUCCCAUUCUUGGAAAAUGGUGAUUUAUUUAAAAUGUAUUGUUAUUUUUGUUCUUUACAUAAAGGCUUAUAUGCGGAUGUUGGAACAAAUAUUCUGAAUUACUUCUCCAUUUACAAAAGAAAUCCAUUAAUACGUUACAAAGUCCCGUAAGUUUCUUUACGCCAGCCCGAUUAGGUUUCAUAAAAAUGUCCAUCUGCAGUUAUCAGGUUUCAGGGAACUUUCUAAAGAUAUAUUGUUUAAAUACUAG